UGUGAUCGCAACAAUGCUCAAAGUACUAUAUUGAGACAACGCCGCUGGCGUACGGAUUGCGCGCACCAAAAAUUACGUACGGACCACAGUAGUCCGUCGUUAGUACCAACGUCGUAGAUCCCCAUCCGAAGAUGGUCGCGCGAUCGUAGCGGCGCCUCGAGGCGCGAUUCUAGGGGCCGCCGGUAUUUUCCUCGCGGCCAUGGAUACCGAUUUUAUCGGUGUUGACUCGACGAGAGAACAACCCGACACUGCGGCCCCAACCUGCACCUUCCCGCGCAUCCCACGAAUCCCAAAGCGAUGCCUCAUUGUAUGCCCGGCUACCGUCAGGUGGCUUGCGAGAAGCCCGCGGGCCUCUAGGGCCCUUGGAGGCUGGGUGUCUGAGCCCCCUCACUGGCCGACGGUGUACGGCAGUGCUCCUCGUUGUGGCUGCGCACUCGCCGCGCGGCGCACCAGCGAGGCGCCCGGGCGCGGAUGCCCACGUGCAUCUGUCGGCGGCGCCGCCAGAUCGCUUACAUACGCCAUCUUCUUUUCUCCUCAUCCUCGAUCAAAAACCCUCCGCGCAGGCCUCCCCGCCGCACCGCUCUCCCCGUUUAUACAUCGCCUCUGGGCUCACUUCGUCGCUACCUCCCUCAACUUCUCUACAAUAAUCAUGGCUGGCGCACGAGGAUGCUUCAACUGCGGCGGUAUCGGCCAUCAGGCUGCCAACUGCCCAAAGGCGGGCACGCCCACUUGGUGAGUAUCGGUAUCAUUUCAUAUCAUUGACUCUCCUGACGGAAUUCUCUCGCAGCUACAACUGUAGGUGGAGGUUGUUUCACAUAUACUUGUUGUUAACCACCCCUGUCCAGGCGGCGGC